AUGCAGCUGUUGGCCCUGUGCCUGGCGCCACUGGCCGUCCUGCUGCUGGCCUCGCGCGACCGCUUGGAGUACGUCCACGAGCUUCCGGAAAGUUUGGAUGCCCGAGCAGAUGCUGCGCUGACGCCAGAGCAGGCAAGGGACUUUCACAGAGACGCCGGCCCCUCGGCCGAGCAACUGCGAAGCAUCCAAGAGAAGCUCAGAGUCCCGGCACGAGAGCUCCGCGGCGAUGAUCCCGAUGAGUGGGAAGGAGUCCAGCUCGAUGAGAACAGGUGCAUACGCUCAUUGGACCUAGAGGACAUAAGCAUCAGUGGUGAGCUAGAGGCUCUCAAAGAUCUCACGAGCUUACGGUCUCUGUAUUUGUCAGACACGAAGAUCACUGGAGGGCUGGAAGCUUUGAGAGGUAUGCACCAGCUCGAGCGGCUGUGGCUGGACAACACCGUGGUCAGUGGACAAUUGGAGUCCUUGACCAACCUCAGAGGCCUGCGCGAGCUCCUUGCGAGCAACACGAAGGUCGGGGGAGGGCUGGAGCCCCUGAUAGACAUGCAUCAGCUAGAGCAGCUGUCGCUGGACAACACCGGGGUCAGUGGACCUUUGGAGCCCCUGAGGAACCUCGGGAGUCUGCAAUACCUGCUGCUGAGCAACACGAGUAUCAGCGGAGAGCUGCAAGCCCUUAGAGACAUGCACAAGCUGCAGAAGCUGUGGCUGCACAACACUGAGGUCAGCGGAUCCCUGGAGGCCCUAAAGGACCUCGGAGGUCUGCGAGAGUUGUUGCUGAGCAACACGCACAUCAGCGGAGAGCUGGAAUCCCUGCGAGACAUGCAUCAGCUGGAGCGUCUGUGCCUGGACAACACUGGGGUCAGCGGACCAUUGGAGCCCCUAACGAACCUCGGAGGUCUGCAGGAGCUGCUUCUAAAAACCACGCACAUCAGCGGAGAGCUGGAAGCCUUGAGAGACAUGCAUGAGCUGCAGAAGCUGUGGCUGGACAAGACUGGGGUCAGUGGACCUUUGGCGCCCCUAGCGAACCUCAGGAAUCUGCAAUUCCUGCUUUUCAGCAACACGAACAUCAGCGGAGAGUUGGAAGCCCUGAGAGACAUGCAUCGGCUGAAGGAGGCGUUGCUGGACAACACCGAAGUCAGUGGACCUCUGGAGCCCUUGGCAGACCUGCAGAACCUGAGGCUGCUCCGGCUGCAGGGCACCAAUGUGGAGGAUGACAUCAGCCAGCUGAUUGGGAUGAGCAGCUUGGAGGAGGCUGGCGGAUCUGAGCUCCACGCGGGUCCACGGGCGCCUGACAACCUCGUGGCGGGGCCGCCUCCUGGGAGCCGGGCCAAUGUCCUUCCGGUCGGAACCGAUCUGCAAGAUCUUCGGUCACGGUUCUUCAGCAACGAGUCUGAGCGGCUUCUUCCAGCUCUCCUGACGUUAGACGUCUGGCACUGUCCACUGGAUGGUGAAGUGCAGGAUCUGCUGAAGAUCUUUUCUUUUUCAGGACGUCUGGCCCGCAUCAUAGCCAACAGAGCGAACCUUUCUGGCGAGUUGCCGGACAUGAUGGGGGGUUGCCUGAAAGACAUCAGCGUGGAUGGCAGUUCGUUCAAUCAGAGAUGCGACCAGCCUUUGAGGUUUGCUCUGCAAAGCCUAGACGUUGCAGACAACAGGAUCCACCAGGUUGCUGGCUUCAGCGCCAGCGUCUAUGUGUCUCUGGCGAACAACUCAGACAUGUUCGUGGAGAAGCGUGCGCUGCAGAAGGCCGUGCAAACCAACUUGCAAGUGGACCUCGCUUCGACAAAGGUUGCCAACGCAGAGGCUGUUGCAGAGUUGUUCUCGGAUGGCACUCUGACGAAAACGGCGAAUUUGACCGAAAGCAGUCUCACCAUCACUGUUCUGGCCGACAGGAUGCUGCCGGAUUUGUUGAAGCAAAGGCCUGCAUACUGCCAGUGCGAGGAGAUGAAGGCUUUCUACAAGAAUGGCUGUGAAGACUGUUCCAAGCUGCACCUGGACUGCCAACAGCACGGUCUUGAAGCAAGCUCGGCACCUCCACAGGUCGGCUAUGCCCGCCUAGAAGCUGAAGCUCCAAGCACAUUUAGGUGCCUGGAACCCGCCGAGGAUCGCUGCAACGUGUCUGCCAACGGCACUGCAUUGGGCUGUGCAGCCGGCUAUGAAGGUCCGCUUUGCGUGGCCUGCUCGUGGGGUUACCGCAGCAGGGCUGGUGCAUGCACGCCCUGCGAAGUGGGCUCCGAUGAACGCACACGCUGGAAGUACUUGCGCUGGGUGGCCGGUGCCACAACUGUCGUGGCGGUGAUGGGAGCUUCAUUCUUCCUGUGGCGAAGGAACCGCAGCCUGCCAGCGGAGCCUGCAGAGCCGACAAGGUGGAGUGUGAUGCAGCCCUUGUUGGUGGCACAGGGCCUCGUUCUGCUGCAGCUCUUCCAGCUCUGGGGGCUGCUGGUGGCCCUGCACCUAAGACCCGAAGGCAGACAGCGGCCAGAUGACUUGUGGGCUGAGGAAUAUGUCCUGUGGCUUCAGCUCACUGCAUCGGGCUUCCGCGACGCAACGAGCCUGGAGUGCUGGUUCGGCAGGACAGCCAACUCCGUGAUGGCGCAAGUGGGGCCCUGCGUGCCUGUGGUACUGCUGGCACUCUGCAUGCUCCCAGAAGCGGUCUCCCAUGGAAGCGGUGUCAGCAUGGCGCUGAAGGUCCUCUCCUUGCUGUACAUCGGGGGUGCGUCCAGCUGCGCGUCGCUCAUGCGCUGCCAGCAUGUCGAUGGAGGCAAGAACUGGUUGGGAGAGAACUAUGCCUUCCGAACGGCAAUGCCCGAGAUCAAGUGCUCUCAGCCUGCGCGGGUUGCAGAUGGCAUCGCCCUUCUCUGCGCCGUCUGCUACGGCCUCCUGAUUCCCAGCUUACUCGCAUACUUGAUGUUCAAGCAGCACCAGGUCUUGGCUCCGAGCAGGCGAUUCGUCAGCCACGCCAUGGAGAAAGCUGGCAGCUUCACCGUCUGGGUCUUGCCGGUGCAGUCAAAGUCUUUGACUGGGGAGGAGAAGAAAGACGAGAUGAAGACACCGAGCCUCCUGGCAGUGGCUGUCGCCCGAAGCUGCAUCUACUUCUCUGGCAGUGUGCGAAUCCAGCUGCAUGACGAAUGCCUGAUACUCCAAGCGGUACAACAGGAAGAUGAAAGACAGAUCGAUUUGGAUGCGAACAGCCUGCUUUGGAAGGCACUGCAAAGCAAAGCAGAUGCCGAUCUUCGACGCUGCCAAGCCCUCGAGAGGAUGUUACAAGAGCGCCAUGUCAUCGAAGAAGUUGCCUCUUCCGACAGAGUCGUGGCGGGUGCGAAGGAGCUUUUCACGAAAUAUGUCGCGUGCCAGAACUUGUGGUUCGAGAUCGCAAUGAAGAUCGUCGCUGUCGCCCUGGUCGCUGUCGUCAGGGGCGAGAGCGGCUUGGAGUUAACCCUGGGAGUCACCCUGUGCACUGCGGUGGCUCUCGGCACUCUACGACCUUACCGGCAGCACCAGGUGAACGACCUGCAGUGCUUUUGCUUCUUCUGUCUAGCUGUGGCGGCCGUUGGCUUCUCCCAAGGCUGGGUGCGCCUGUCCCACGCUGCCUUGCUGGCGCCCUGCGCCAUGGCAGGCGCCCAGGUGCUGCGCCCAGAUGGCCCUGAAGCGCUGGCCCUGCGCCUCUUCCAGGACCUGAAAGCGAAGUGGCCGGCCCUGGAGCAGGGGGAGACUGUGGAGCUCGCGCUGCAGAGCAUCAGCUUCCUCUGA